UCAAUUGCUCGGACGAACAUGAUGCGAGGGGGCGGCUGCAUUGGGAUAUUUGAAGGAUGUUGGUUCCGUGACUCGAGCAGUACUCUUCACUUUUCUUUGGGAGUAUUCCAUCAACGAUUGUAUCGUUCUUCUUUUCGUCUAUCAUUCUCGUCACUCCUUCAAAUUAUUUUCGUACUCUGGCUGGGCCUGUUACUUCUUUUCUCUGUUCUAUAUUCACCAAUAACCCUUCAAAUUACAUCAUCAAGAAUUCUCUUCUUUCACAAGGAGGUAUCGAUCACUCGAAAAUGCAGUUCCUCACUACCGCCACUCUCCUCUCCCUCCUCUUCCUCAGCACAUCUGCGCUCCCAACCGCACUCGAUGAACGAGCCGCUGCUGUUGCCCAGAUCGACCCUUCCCUUGUCCCCAUCUUCAGUAUCAAAACAGGGUCGGGAGUCGGUGUCAACGGUGUAGCAAUUCCCAAGACUUGUCCACCGGCCCGCGCAGCCUUCAUCUCCAAAUUGAGCACCAACGUGGCAGCGGGCAACGUUCUCGGAACUCCAAUCACGUUCAACACCAAUCCUAAAGUCAAUGACACCAAGACGAACGAGGCCCGGGCGACGGCGAUGAUCAUCACACUGCAGAGUUUUACGGGAGUGAAGGGAGUUGGAUGUCCGGGUGCCAGUACGCCAGAGUUGUUGAGCCAGCAGAAGACGGGUGUGAUGUCCCCGAGCUAGGUCAUGUUUGGAUGGUGCGGUGUUUUGGCUAUGGUCUGACAACAUAGCGGAGAAAAUUUGGGGCUUCGAGCAGUGCUCGGCGGGUAUAUAUUCUAGGCAAAAGUUUAUUGAAGUAUAAGCAUGGAUCAAUUCACAACGAAAUUACAAUCUUUUUCUG